AUGCCGGUCACAGUUGGAGUCCUCGCUUUACAAGGCGCAUUCAUUGAGCAUGUUCAGUUGCUGAAAAAGGCCGCCGAACAGGAAGCCCUGUCGGAUUGGGAGUUCAUCGAGGUACGAACGCCACAGGAACUCGACAGAUGCGAUGGGCUCGUGUUGCCUGGUGGCGAGAGCACCACCAUGUCGCUCGUUGCGGCGCGAUCUAAACUCUUGGAGCCGCUGAGAGACUUUGUCAAGGUCCACCGCAAGCCAACUUGGGGCACCUGCGCAGGUCUGAUCCUCCUCGCCGAGUCGGCCAACAAGACCAAGAAGGGUGGUCAGGAACUCAUUGGAGGCCUCGACGUUCGAGUCAACCGCAAUCACUUUGGCCGACAGACCGAGAGUUUCCAAGGACCGCUGGAACUACCAUUCCUGGGCGAAGACGCCCCGCCUUUCCCCGCGGUCUUCAUCCGAGCCCCCAUUGUGGAGUGUAUCCUACCGCAUCAAGAGGGCAUCCAGGUGAAAGAGGCUGAGCGUGAAGAUACCGUUAUCGCACCUUCCAGGAAGGUCAAAGAUUUGGUGGCGGAGGCUGCCACGGCUGAUCAUGUCGAGGUGCUGGCCACCUUGUCUGGAGCUGCGGCUCGGAGUGCCACGCAAGGGCGUGAUAUCAACCCCGAUUCAGAGGUGGGCGACGUCGUGGCUGUUCGUCAGGGCAAUGUCUUCGGGACCAGCUUCCACCCCGAGUUGACGGGAGACGCCAGAAUCCACGCAUGGUGGUUGCACCAGGUGCAAGCUGCGGUUAAUAGAAGGAAGAAGCUCGGCCAAUAG